AUGCUGUCCCUGCCCAUCGCAGCCUUGGUCUCGGUGGCAGCGACCUCCGGAGUCGGUUUCAACAAGUUCGAGAACCUGGUGACGUUCGGCGACAGCUAUACCGACGAAGGCCGGCUCAACUACUUCAUCAACAACAACGGUUCCGCCCCGCCCGCGGGGGUCCUUCUUCCGCCGAGCAACUCCACGGCGUCCGGCGGAUACGCCUGGGGCCGGUUCGUCGCCAGCUCAACCGGCGCAAAGUACUACGACUAUGCCGUCGGGGGCGCCACCUGCUCCAACAAGAUCGUCUCCCGAGACUUCGUCUCCAUCCACCAGCCGUUCCCGUCAGUCCUGGACUAUGAGAUUCCGGCUUACAGGGCCGACACGGCCUUUGAUGCGCUCUACCCGAACAGGGAGGCCAACAACACGAUCUACGCGCUCUGGAUCGGCACCAACGACCUAGGUUACCUGGGCUUCCUCACCGACUCCAACGCGCCGGGGACGACCAUCUCGUCCCACGUGGACUGCGUGUGGGAGGUAUUUGACAAGAUCCACGCGACGGGCGGGCGGCACUUCGUCCUCCUCAACGUGGCGCCGCUGGAGCAAUCGCCGCUCUACGCCGCCACGGAGCUUGGUGGCUUCGGGGACAGCGUGUUCUGGCCCAACAAGACGAGCUAUAACACGACCGAGACCCAGUACAAGAUGCUCGAGUACAGCACCAGCAUCAACACGGCGUUUGACUACGGCGUGCCCUUCCACCUCCUGGUCAAAAAGCGCUGGCCCGGCGCCAUCUUCUCCAUCUUCGACGUCCACAGCCUGUUGCGGGACGUCCACGCCGAGCCGUCAAAAUAUCUGUCCUCGCCGCCGAACGUGAAGGCGCCCUACCGGGCGUGCGACCCGGUGACGGCGGCGUGCGUGGACUCGUCAGAGCCCAAGGCGAGCUUCCUCUGGUACGACGAGUUGCAUCCUUCCGAGCGUACAUCAGAGAUUGUGGCACAGCACUUUGUCAACGUCGUGUACGGCAACUCGACGUAUGGAAAGACGUAUGCGUCGUGA